UGCGUUGCUGAUACGAAUGCCUCGUAUCAUACCAUCGCUUCUAAUCUGCAACGCGAUACCUAUUAAAGUAUUAAAAUCACUUUAUCUACUGAUAACGCGUCGUGAUGUUCAGACACUCGAGCCUGUUUAGUUAGUGUGCCGUAAUUGUGGAAUAAUUUCUGUGCGCAAAUAGGCCGAGCUCCGCGAAAAAAAAUGUUUAAAAAGAAUCGCCCGAAAAGCAGUGCCCCUGCGCCCCAGAACGGCGAGCCCCAUUACGAGAACAAUAAUGUGUCCAGCAAGCCCCCAUUGAGCCCCGUGUCGCCAGUGUCGAAAAAUUCGCUACAGUUCUACUGCCAACUUGCCCAUGGCAGCCCCACGGCCUUUGUGUCGGGAUUCUCCAACGUCAGGGAGCUGUACCAGAAGAUCGGGGAGUGUUUUGAUAUUCCAUGUUCAGAGAUAUUAUUUUGCACACUCAACACAUACAAAAUUGAUAUGAAAAAACUAUUAGGCGGACAAAUAGGAUUAGAAGAUUUUAUAUUUGCACAUAGGAGAGGUAGACCAAAGGAAGUAGAAUUAGUAAAAACAGAGGACGCAUUAGGCCUAACGAUAACAGACAAUGGCGCUGGCUACGCUUUUAUAAAACGCAUCAAAGAAGGCUCAGUUAUACAUAAUAUACCACAUAUACAGGUCGGGGACCACAUAGAAAAAUUGAACGGUGAAGAUAUGGUAGGCAAAAGGCACUUCGAAGUUGCCAAACUGCUGAAAGAUAUCCCUAAAGGUUCCACAUUUACUAUUAGGUUGAUAGAACCGAUCAAGAGCGGGUUCACGAGCAUAGCGCCUAAAACGGGGAAGACUGGCAAAAAAGCACCAUCGUACGGCACUGGAAAAGAAACCUUAAGGUUUAAGGCGGGAGGGCAGGCAGAAAUCGGCCAGCAGGAUGACGCACUCGACGCCGGAAUCGAGAAAAUAAACAACAUCCUGGAGUCCUUCAUGGGCAUCAAUGAUUCCGAACUGGCGACGCAAAUUUGGGAGAUGUCCGAUGGCAAGCAGAACUCGAUGGAUUUUGCUGAGGCGGUGGACGAUUCCGACCUCCAAGCGUUCCAAUUCACAGACGAACUGAUCAUCGAGCUCUGGGGCGCCAUUACCGACGCGAGGGAUGGGAGAAUAAAAUAGGAGACGUGCCAGAAUUUACCAGUCCUUUUUUUCCGCUGCAAUAUAUUUUCUUUCUGUAUUAGUAUUAUUCAAACAUUUUAUUUUUAAUUUUGCGUUUUAAGUGCCUUACACUCGCUGGAGUGUUGUUUUAUUCCUUCAUGUGUUUGUCUAUUUAUCCUAGAUAAGUAACUUGAAAUAUUUAUAAUUAUUUUUUAGAAUAAAGACAUUCCAUAGCUCUAUAUUAUUUAAA